CCCGGACCACCACUAUCGAUGGCGUGCAUAUGGUGCAUAAUUAGCACUUGUUUGAUACUGAGUGGUAUCCAAAGAUCGCAAUCAGCUCCAACUCGCGCCACAUCUCCUUGGCUACGCUAUUUAACCCCGAGAAUGGAAUAACUUCCCCCCCUCAAUACUGGGACAUACUAGAACAAUUGGAAGACCAUUAUGGCUGCUGUUGAAGUGCCUGCGAUAUCGCAAAUUGACCUUCCAUUACGGGAUGGCCCUGCACAGAGCCUUGCGUCUGUGGGCGUGCCGAUAGAGCUCAGAGGGCCGAGCAGCUCGACAAUCACAGAGAAAACCCAAGAAGUCACUCCGCAAGGGAGGCCCGUCUUCGAGAUUGAAGAACAUCCGAUCGAUGAAGUUCGAAAUAUCAAAGUCGGUGUUAUAGGAGCUGGCAUAGCGGGUGUCACUGCUGGUAUCCUGUUGCCAGCCAAGCUACCGGGGAUUGACCUUCGCAUCUUCGACAAGAAUGCUGAUGUGGGAGGAACAUGGUACGAAAACACUUACCCCGGUGUCCGAUGCGAUAUUCCAGCCCAUGUAUACCAAUCCGGAUUCGCACCGAACACACAGUGGACCGAAGAAUUCGCGCAGGGACAUGAGAUUAGAGAGUACUGGCAAGGCCUUGCCCGCAAGUACCACGUCUACAAAUAUAUCCGGCUGCAGCACAAGGUGGAGGAAGCUGUAUGGGUCCCCGAAACAGGGAAAUGGCGUGUCACCGUGCAAGAUGUGGGCACUGGGAGAGUUUACAUAGAGCACCUUGACAUCGUGAUCAAUGCGAUCGGUCACUUCAACGCCUGGCAGCUCCCCGACUACCCCGGGAUUGACGAAUACAAGGGUACCCUCUUUCACUCCUCCCACUGGGAUCAUAACGCGGACUUGAAUGGAAAACGAGUAGCUUUGAUUGGCAAUGGGGCAUCCGGUCUACAGGUCCUACCUUCCAUCCAGCCGAUUGCAAUGCACGUCGAUCAUUAUGCGCGCAACCGGACGUGGAUCGCCGAUUCCUUUGGCACAACUGGCGUGCGUCGACUCGAGCCGAAUCUCAUCUCUCCAAAACAGCUGGAAUCGUUUAAGGAUCCCGAUACGUACUUGAAGUACCGGAGAAGCGUGGAACAAGGCUACUUCUCCCGCUUUGGGGCAGUCUUUAAGGACUCGCCGGAGAACCGCGAACAACGAGACACAUGGACACAAUUGAUGCUCAAUCGCAUCACGGAAAAGCCAGAGCUGGCAGAGAAGAUUCUACCGGACUUUCCCCCAAAUUGUCGGCGGCCUACACCAGGGCCUGGCUACCUCGAGGCCCUGGCAAAGGAGAACGUGAGCUAUAUACAGACACCGAUUGAGCGAUUUAUACCGAGAGGCAUUGUGACAGCCGAUGGGGUCGAAAGGCCCGUUGACGUCGUGAUUUGCGCGACAGGUGCUAACGUGGACCACGCGCCGCCUUUCCCAAUUAUUGCGAACGGCAUCGAUCUGAAAAAAGCCUGGAAACAUGAUGGUUUGUGGGGAUUCCCCUACAAUUACCUGGGUAUCGCAACACCAGGUUUCCCCAAUCUUCUCUGGAUUGGAGGACCUCAUUCUACAGGUCACAGCGGGAGUGUUCCGAACAGUUUAGAGAAUAUGGUCACGUAUAUCGCCAAGCUAUUGCGCAAGGUCCGCAGCCAGGGCAUCAAAACGAUUGCGCCAUCCAAAGAAGCGACCGACGACUUUGUCGAGUACUCAGAUAAAUUCUACCCUCGCACCGUGUGGACUGGCAACGAUGACUCGACCCCUGGGCAGAAGAACUGUCGGUCUUGGUAUAACGGUGGCCGUCCCGGUGGUCGAAUUCACGGUCUAUUCCCUGGGAGCGCCGCUGCAUUGAAUUACAUCCGACGCGAGCCCCGCUGGGAAGAUUGGGAGUACACGUAUGUCAACCCGAGUGGCAAUCGGUUCGCAUACUUUGGCAAUGGUUGGACCCAGCGUGAACAACGCAAGGACGCAGAUCUGGUGCCGCAUUUAAAGCGGCCUGAUACGAUUGAUCUUCGUUCGUAUAUGGAGGGUUGGUGGGAUGUUUGA